CAAUAAAAACUCUGUAACGUAGAUUGAAGGGGUUCCCUGCUCCCACACUGAUGACCACAGCCUCGGAGUGAAGCGCGCGGAGGAGAAGCACGUGCGAACUUCAGUCCUUUAUAACUCUCCAACUUGGCACGCGCAAAGACGAGCGGUUCCCAGACUAGAUGGGUUGAGGGUGACCCGUAAAAACGCUAUGCAGUCGCCCCGAAGCAAACUCCGAGCUGGAAGACUUUUUCACACUGAAAUCUCAUUUCUUUAUGGAUUAUUGAUUUAAAUAGGCCUACUUGUAUUAAAGUUCACAACUAGGACACCAGGACUGCGUCUGGGUUCGGGUGUUUUUUUUGAAGACCACUUUAGAAUAUGCCUAGAGGAUAAAAAGCAUCGUGUCGCACAUCCACUCUCUCAAUCUUACGGAUAGGAACCUGGCUGAGGUGCGGGUGGAGCGCGCGGAUGCGGUGGAGGUGUGCGCAGACCCGCAGGCUGUGCGUCCCGCUGACCAGACCCUCAGCUGUCUCUAACUCCCCUCUUCUCCUCCAUAUGUCUCAGAUGCUUCGGGUGGCCGCACGUCCCCCCACGGCACCAUCCAGCUGCACCUUUACGCACUCCGGCUGUGAGAUCACCGCCAUCCAGGAAUAGAUCCUCGCGAUCCUUUCUGACUGAAUAUCAGCUCUGUUUGUCUGCGGGGACAGUUGAAUGGAUUUUCAAGUACACUUUACAGAAACUGUGGAAUUAGAAAAAUACGAUUUUUGGAGACAUAAAGGCGCUUUACUUAGACUUUCGAACGAGAAAUGCGUCUGCCUGGAGAUAUUUAAAUCACUUUGGUGAACUUUUUUCUGUUUUACUAUUUGAGAUUUGAAGAGGAGAAAAUGAACCUGUGUGUGGUCAGUCUUCUCCUCACUCUGGAUCUAGCCGCCGUGGCGCUCAGCCUGUCCACGUGCAGCACGCUGGACAUGGAUCAGUUCAAGAAGAAGCGCAUCGAGGCCAUCCGAGGGCAGAUCCUGAGCAAGCUGAAGCUCAGCAGUCCGCCGGAGGACUUCCCCGAGCCCGAGGAGGUGUCCCGGGACAUCCUCGCCAUUUACAACAGCACGCGCGACCUUCUGCAGGAGAAGGCAAACGAGCGCGCGGCGACGUGCGAGCGCCAGCGCAGUGAGGAGGAGUACUACGCCAAGGAGGUGCACAAGAUCGACAUGCAGCCAGUAUACCCGUCAGAGAAUGUAAUCUCUCCCACACACUUCAACCCUUACUUCAGGCGGCUGACGUUUGAUGUGUCCUCCAUGGAAAAGAACGCCUCCAACCUGGUGAAGGCUGAGCUCAGGAUCUUCCGUCUUCAAAACCACAGGGCCCGGGUGUCUGAGCAGCGCAUUGAACUGUACCAGAUUUUAGGACACAAAGACCUGACGUCCCCGACGCAGCGAUAUAUAGACAGCAAGGUGGUACGAACACAGACGGAGGGCGAGUGGCUCUCCUUCGAUGUGACGGAGGCAGUGAGUGAAUGGAUGAACCACAGAGACAGAAACAGUGGUUUCAAGAUCAGCCUGCACUGUCCAUGCUGCACCUUUGUGCCUUCAAAUAACUACAUUAUUCCCAACAAGAGUGAGGAGCUGGAAGCACGCUUUGCAGGUAUUGAUGACAGCUUCGUCCAUAGUGCAGCGGUGCCUAAGCACAGAUCCCGGGCUCCACACCUCCUGCUCAUGCUGCUGCCUUCAUACCGGCUGGAGUCACAUUCCCACCAAACCAACCAUCGAGCCAAGAGAGCUCUGGAUGCUGCCUAUUGCUCCAGAAACGUUCAGGACAACUGCUGCUUACGCUCUCUCUACAUCGACUUUAAGAAGGACCUCGGCUGGAGGUGGAUCCACGAGCCAAAGGGCUACGAGGCCAACUUCUGUGCCGGGGCCUGUCCAUAUCUGUGGAGCGCCGACACCCAGCAUUCCAAGGUGUUAGGCCUGUAUAACACCAUCAACCCUGAAGCUUCGGCAUCGCCCUGCUGCGUAUCCCAGGACCUGGAGCCCCUCACUAUCCUCUACUACAUCGGCAAGACCCCCAAAAUAGAGCAGCUCUCCAACAUGAAGGUCAAGUCCUGCAAGUGCAGCUGAAAUAACUUACAAAGCAGCACACACACACACACACACACACACACACACACACACACACACACACACACACACACACACACACACACACACACACACACACACACACACACACACACACACACACACACACACACACACACACUCAGUGGAUUUGGAUAUACAUACAGUCCAACUGGACUAUUUGCUUGGUUUGCUGGAGUAUGGUGGUACAGAACAAUUCAAUGCGAGCACAACAAGCAGGAACAGUGUUGUCAUGAUACCAGAAACUUGACUUAUAUACCAAUGCUGUACAAGUACAAUUGAGCUUUACAUUAUUUCAAAGUAACAUUUAUUUUUAAAACUAACAUAUAAAAUGAUGAAGGCACUUGCAAACGACAAGCUAUUACCCCUGCUACCCAAGCAUCAAAAGGCUUUUUAUACAUAUUGAACAUACUUCUCCCAGAAGAGUGCCAAUGCAGGUAUUUGCUCGUACAUGAGUCUGACAUUGCAUGAAUUAGUUUGUUCUUAUGUGGCCAAGCAAACCAAACUAAAAGUAUAACUGCCCUUAUAUUUUAUUUGUGCAGCUUAAACCAUGAACUAAUGCAAGAGAGGCUUUGAGGACUUUCACUGCUGUCUUGGUUGCUAACUAAAUAUUGGUUUCAAAAGAUUUGACUGUAUUUAAUAAAACCUAACUGAUGAAUCGGACAGUAUGAGCUUAUCACAGACUAAUAAAGAUAACAGUCUUAAAGAGGCCUUAUUCUGCCUUUCGGUUUUUCCCUUUCCUGUAGUGUGUUCUAAAGGUUUUUAUGCAUGUAAAUGGUCUGCAAAGACUACAAUCCCUGUGUUCCCUCCAGAGGGAGUUUCUCUCCCACACACUCCCCCUGCCUGAAACGCCUCAAUUGGAGUCCUGUGUUUACUUCAGUAUCAUAAUGACAUCACUAUGUAACUCACGUGCUAUUGGCUAGCGCUCCAAUACAUUGUACGUGAUAGGCUAAGGGGUGGGACAUCUCUAAGCGGUUUACAAAUCACAAAAGAGCCGGCCAGCUAACCGAUCAGAGCAGAGUGGGCUCUGGUUUCAGACAGAGGGUGAAAAAAGGUGCUGCAGCACAGGCAGUAUGAGAAAAAUAAAGAGCUUUUUCAACAUUAAAGCAUGGAGACAUGUCACAGUAGAGACACUACAAUUGUCCUCUUAUAACGUUCCCUGCUAAUACAAUUUCAGCUGGCAGAACACAUUUGAUAACAACACACACACACACACACUCUAUGUCAGUAUCCCUUUUUGCAUUUUGAAGGCCCUGUCACUAUGCAUCACCUCACACGAUUGUCACACCGAGAGUAAGGCAAACACUGGAAAUAUAAGUGAUCUAUAUGUGAAAUAAGUCCUGAAAUGUACCCAGCCCCACCACUAACACCCCCCACCCCAUCAGCCCUCCACAGUAUUCACAGUCACACCAUACCGUGUCCUCAUUUCUGUGUUUGUCUAUCCUUUUGGUAUCCUUUGGAGUUUUAUAAAUCUUGUCAUUUUGUUUUCUAUUUAAAAUAAAUCUGUUUAUAAUUUAGCACCCUGAAGAGUUUGACCCAGUCGAUAAUUGGAAUCAACCUCACACUGAUGAUGUACAUAUAUGUAUGUAUAAUAUCUACUUCAUUUUGUGAUUUAAAGAUGUUGGGAAAGGAUUAUGUUGAAUAAUGCAUGAGCCACCAUUAGAGAAUUACAUGGAAGCUCUUUGAAGGAUAAUUCCGGUUUAUUAUAACAAUGGUCUAAUUUUUGCAGUUAGACAUAAUUUCCAUUCAAACAUUAGAAAUCAGUGAAAUCUGAUUUCUUUCUUGGCCGCAGAGUUAGUGAAGGAGUCGAAUAUAUUUGUCACAAUGGGAUUUACUGUCUGACCCUAACCCUCAUUUCAGAUAAAUAUGAAGAUGACAUAAGGCUGUGUGUCCACAGAGUGUGUUUACUGACAGAAAGGUGCUAGGGAACGCUUCAGAGCAGCAUCUUAUCUUCCUAUUGCAACAAUUUAUUAAUCACCCCCUUGUAUGACAGACUAGUAUCGCCCCAUUGUCUUUCAUCAUAUUUUUGUGCUACUAUCUAUUUGUUUGACAUUGUUAAGUCACCAUAGUCACCAACCAAAGGAAGUCAUUCCAAAAGCGUUAAAGGGGGAAUGAUGAUAUCUGUUGUAAACACACUUGUACGGUGAAUUCAAGACUGAAAACUCAGAAAGAGAUGCUCUGUGCUCACACGCCUUAAGGGACCAACCAAGAUUGAAUCCUUCACAGUAAAAUGAUCUCUCUGGAGUUUUUGUAACAAAUAAAUAACCGGUUGUUUAGCUUUGAAGACAGUUAAAGGACGUCAAGGGUACGGCUGUUUUUUUACACAGUAUACAGACCCACUUAGAACUGGGCCCACGACAGUGUUCAGUGUGUAUUUUCACAGUGCAUUGAGAGAGUAUUAUUGAUAUUUUAGCAGUGCUCACUUUCAUUUUGACCCCUAAAUGAAGUGUUUUAAAUAAUUUGGAAAUAGAUUGGCUGUUUCAUCAUGUUUAAAGUAGUAACCGUGUUCCCAGAUAUCUACAACUAGAAUAUAAAAAUAUAUACAGCGCAGAAGUAUGCAAGUAGCCUGACUUUUAGCAGGGAAUUUAAUCCUGACAUUUCAUCAUUUGGUGUCCGGAUUUUUCAUUCAUUGUGUGCAAGAUAGGGUCGGGUCAUUUGAGUUCUGAUAUUGAACAAACCAUAACAGAUGGAAUACGUACAUUUGCCCCACAAUCAAUAUAUGUUGGAAUUCUGAAUAAGUUGAGACAAUCAAAUCAAACUGUAAACCAUCAAAGGAAACGCCAGAAAACCAUGCAAACUGCACACAGAAAGCCCACCAACUAUAAACAUUAGACCCACUGCAAACCGGAAUCAUCCUUUUGAUUUUAUGUGCACACAGAAUCUUGCUGUUGUAUCAAGAACAACGUUCAAAGAACAGAGGUGUCCUUCAUGUCCCAUUUGGUUUGUUUGCCAGAGAUUGAUAUCGAACAAUUCGAGACUUUCCCCACAUUGAGAACAUUUAAAGAAGUGAGGACAUUUCCUAAACUUUAGCGGUACAGCGGUGCCCUCUCAUGCGCUCAGCACAGCCACAAAUGAAGGUCUAGGUUCAGAGACAGAAGUAGCUGAUAAAAGUUUUUAAAAGGUAUUAAUGAAGAGUAGGUAUGACAUUGAAAAACAUAUGUAUCCAGCCGUUGACAGGCACUGACUGGUUUGUACACUGAAAAAACUGAAACAUUGUCUUUAAUUAAAUGUAUUGAGUCAACACAUUUCACACAACUGAAUUAGGUUAGUUUAAAAGCAAUACUAUGAAGUUUAAAUAGCAAAAAUACGAGGUUCAACUUAAUAUUAUUGCUUUCAACUAACCUAAUAGAGUUAUGUGAAGUCUAUUGACAUAAUAGAUUUAAUUAAAGUCAAUGCUUCAAUUUCUUCAGUGUAGAGUCAUUGUGUGUGGUCAUACUGUUAAUAUAACAAUUGUAUUUCACCCAUACAUUUUCUGUCUGUCCAUCAUUAUCUUUUUUAUUUCUUUAACAACAAAAAAAUUGCACUGAUGCUGUUUAAUUUUCAAAGUAUUUAGUGUCCUUAGUUAGUGUGAACCCCCCCUUUAAUGACGGGAGGAGAGUUGACCCCCAGCACCCCCCCGUGGACUCGCUGUGCAGCAGAAGACAAGAGAGCUAGGCACCUUAGUUUAUCACAACAGAGCUGUUAUUUUUAUGUGUAUUUGUUGUUGUUUUGAUGAUGAUGAUGAUGAUGUUAUUGUGACCCACAAAGCUGUAUUGUAACACAUUGUUGUUGUGGUGCUCAAGUGGUAAAUAAAUUAUUUAAGUGUCAAGGGAA